AUGCAAGUUUUUAUAGCGCCUAUGGAUUACCCUGGACAACUUCAUAUACGGCAUGCUAUCACUCAUCAUAUUAAAUUAGGAGACUCUUCUGGAAUUCUGGAGCAAAUUUUGCAUGUUGUUUCAAUGAUUGGACCCUUGCAUGUAUCCUUAAAUAGUCGUAAAACUGUGUUUCUUUUAAAUUAUCAUUUUUUUGAUAUUCUUUUUCAUGCAGUUUUUGGACGUAAUAAGGUGUUGGCAAAAAAGCCAAAGCCUUACAAAAUUAAUUUGAUUUUAGAAUUAGCAG